AUGGACGAUUCUUCAAAGAUGAGCAAAGAUAAUAAAGAUGAUUCUCCAAAGAUGAACGGGAAUAAUGAAGAAUAUGACAUUUGUUUGAGAAUUGGUUGGGAUUGUGAACAGGAUAGCUCACCAAAUCGCGAAAAUUAUAAUGAAAUUUUGCGUGUAAAUGUUACAAACAUAUCCGUUCAUUUGAACAAUUAUACUAUUAAAGUAGAACUUUUGAAAACAGCGAAAUUUUUUGGAUUGAAAAUUGAUCAAAAAUUAGAUUGGCUAGCUUGCAGAUCGGUGAUCGAAUAUAUCGGGUUGCUCUUAUACGAUCAUGCGAUAAUACAAUUUUAUGGAUGGACCCUCAGGCCUGAUAUUAAAUGCUACGUAACUGACACAACCGAUAAAACUGACACAACUGAUGAAGCUGAUGUAGCUGAUAAAAUUCCUAUUGUGAUUGGGGUGAUCAAAGAUGAGCAGAUAAAGGAUGAUAUGUUAAAAGAAGUUGAAAAUGAUUUUGUUUGUUUGCUGGAUCAAAAUGAAAAGGAUGAUGAGAAUUCCAUUAUUGAAAUCCUAAAAGGAUUUAUACCUAUGAUUUUAGACCUUAAAGGUAAAUCUCAAAAUUAUAAUGCUGAUUCUUUAUAUUAA